AUGGGGAUCAACAACCCUCUCCCGUCGUCCAUGCACAGUGAGUGCAAGAAGGCCGCGAAGAUCCUCACCUCCUUCGUGGACCCAGGCCAAGCCUUCAGUCCCGACAAAGUCAUUCCGCCCGCCGUCCUCGCCAAUGCAAAGGGCCUCGCCGUCCUCACCGUCAUCAAAGCCGGCUUCCUCGGCUCUGCCCGCUUCGGCUCUGGCGUCGUCGUCGCCCGCCUCGCCGACGGCUCCUGGUCCGCCCCUUCCGCCAUCGCCACUGCCGGCGGCGGCUUCGGCGGCCAGAUCGGCUUCGAGCUAACCGACUUCGUCUUCAUUCUCAACGACGCCAAGGCGGUGAAGACAUUCGCGCAGGCCGGGUCGCUAACGCUCGGAGGGAACGCGUCGCUGGCCGCCGGGCCCGUCGGGCGGAAUGCGGAGGCAGCGGGGGCAGCGAGCCUGAAGAGCGUGGCGGCGGUGUUCUCGUAUUCGAAGACCAAGGGACUGUUCGCCGGAGUAUCGCUGGAGGGAUCGGUGAUCAUUGAGCGGAAAGACGCGAAUGAGAAGCUGUAUAAUCGGCGGGUGACGGCGCUGACGCUGCUGGAGGGCGGCGUGCCGGUGCCCCCGUCGGCGGAUCCGCUGAUGCGGGUGCUAAACUCGCGCAUCUUCUCGGGCGCGGGCGGCUCGCUUCGCGGCACAGAGGUGUAUAACGACGUGCCGGUGUACGACGACUCGCACGAGGACGUUGUGUGGCAGGGACGGCGCGGGUCGGCGUACGGGGAAGGCGAACGCAGCCAUCGGGGUCAGGCGGGCGACGACUACGAGUACCGCGACAAGCCGCAGCGCGCGAGCACCUGGCAAGACGACACGUACGACCGGGCGCCGGCGGCGGGCGUCAACCGGUCGUUUACGGGGCGGGCGAACCCGAGCGAGACGUUCGAUCGGCUGGAGUCAAGACCGACCGGGUUCGGCGGGAAGAUGAAGCCGCCGCCGCCGACAGCGCCGAAGCCGGUGUUCGGGGCGAAGCGGGCGUCGUUGGGGGCGAAUCAGGCGAUCGCGAAGUUCACGUUUGAUGCAGAUCAGCCGGGGGACUUGGGGUUCAAGAAGGGUGAGGUCAUCACGAUCGUAAAGAAGACGGAGAAUGAAACGGACUGGUGGACGGGGAGGAUAGGGGAUAGAGAGGGGGUGUUCCCAAGGUAUGCUCAACCACUCCAAGACUUUAUAAUACGUGUAUUGAUGCAAGCAGCAAUUACGUCGAAACGAUAUGACCGCGCUGUCCGUCACCGUCGGGGUGGGGAACCCCCUCCCCCUCGAUUUCCUUUAUCCGUACUUCGCUUUUUGAUACCUGUACCUUAUCUUUUCCGAUCGGAGCGCGUGCUUCCGUCCAUGAGACACGAACGUGAGGAGGAAUCGGUGAAGCCCCGCCGGCUUGUGUUCGGUACCUUUUUAUUUUAUUUAAAUAGCAACGGCGUCUGUUGGGGGCUUGCAUUUGCAUCUCUGACGGGGGUCUACAAACUGUCUUUUUUGCUUCGCCAACAAUCGAGGAAUCUUAUGGCAGAUCCGGUUCGUGAUUGUCGUCGUGUAGCUCCCUUCUCCCCCAUCACCAGUGAUAUUGAUUAUGACUUCCAAUGCCAGCAAUAUUAA